AUCACCAACCACUUGGCAGUCCACAAUCGCUGUCCGACUUUCAAACUCUUCACUGCAGUUCGCCGUUCACAGACUUUGCUCACUUAGCUGUCAGUCACCGUCACAGAUUCGUACUCCGCCAGACGUUUUGCUGACGUGCACUUCCGCCACCGAUCAUACCCAUCAUUUACCAGAAACCCGCACCAUGUCUUUUGAAGAAGCAGUUGAUAAGGUGAAGAACUUGAAUCAAACUCCCAGCGACAGCAAUUUGUUGGAACUCUAUGCGCACUUCAAACAAGCAACAGUCGGCGAUGUAAAUACAGCCAAACCUGGGUUUUUGGACUUCAAAGCAAAGGCCAAAUGGGAAGCAUGGAACUCAAAGAAGGGAAUAAGCAGCGAUGAGGCUAAAACAAAAUAUAUUGAAAUUGUCGAUAAGCUUGUUGAUGAAAUCGGGCUCAAGGCUUAAACUUAAUGGCUGAGAUCAUUAAUCACACACAUGCAACACAAACAUUUACUUAUAGAAUUUACUUAAUCUAUUUAAUUUAAUAGGAAUUGUAAUAAUGAUUACAAUUCUCACUAUAUUAUAUAUAAUUAAAUGACCAAGCUUGUUUGGUCGCAUUUUAAAGUGAGCUUUUAAGUUACACAGAAAGACUAUUAUUGACUUUUAUGAUCAACUUUGUUAAUUUACAUCACAGUAAAAUUAUUGUUAAUUUAUCUACUUAAAUAUUUAAGUAUAAUAAUUUAUGAUCAAUAUUUACUUAUUUACAUAUCACUGUAGAUGAAUAACUUUACAAUUAAUACCAUUCUCAAUGAUAUAAAAUUAUUUUUUUCAUUAGUUUAUGAUUUACAUGUUGUUUUUUUUUAAAAAAAAGAAUUGUGCCUUAAAUUAAAAUAUUAGUUUUAUAAAUUCA